AUGGGUAUCAAGCAGCUUGCGCAAGUCAUCCUGGAGGAGGCUCCCGAUGCCAUCAAGACUGGCGAGAUCAAGAACCACUUCGGCCGAAAGGUCGCUAUUGACGCGUCUAUGAGCAUCUACAGUUUCCUGAUUGCUGUCCGCUCUGAUGGUCAGCAGCUCAUGUCGGACACGGGCGAGACCACCUCUCAUCUCAUGGGCAUGUUCUAUCGCACUCUACGAAUUGUGGACAACGGCAUCAAACCACUCUACGUCUUUGAUGGCGCACCCCCCAAGCUCAAGUCCGGCGAGUUGGCAAAACGAUUCGCGCGCAAGAGUGAAGCCAACGAGGCUCAUGAAGAGGCCAAGGAGACCGGAACUGCAGAAGAUGUUGAGAAGUUCUCGCGCAGAACUGUCCGAGUGACCAGAGAACACAACGAGGAGUGUCGCAGAUUGCUCAAGUUGAUGGGCAUUCCGUUCAUCAUCGCACCUACAGAAGCUGAAGCCCAGUGUGCCGUGCUUGCCAGAGCCGGCAAGGUCUAUGCCGCAGCCUCCGAAGAUAUGGAUACACUCACCUUCGAUGCGCCGAUCCUCCUGCGACAUCUCACCUUUAGUGAGCAACGUAAAGAGCCCAUCCAGGAAAUCCAGCUAGACAAGGUCAUGCAGGGCCUGCAUAUGGAGCGAGAGCAGUUCAUCGAUCUCUGCAUCCUGCUUGGCUGCGACUAUGUUGACCCUAUACCCAAGAUUGGACCCAACACUGCCCUGAAGAUGAUCCGAGAACAUGGCACACUAGAGAAGGUAGUUGAGUUCAUCGAGAACGACCCAAAGAAGCGAUACGCCAUUCCGGAAGAUUGGCCAUACCAAGAGGCGCGAGAUCUGUUCUUGCACCCUGACGUGAGAGACGCCGACCACCCGGAUUGUGACUUCAAAUGGGAGGCUCCCGAUGUAGAAGGCUUGGUCGCAUUCCUUGUGGGUGAGAAGGGUUUCAACGAGGAUCGUGUUCGCAGCGCUGCGCAGAAGCUCAACAAGAAUGUCAAGUCAGCUCAACAGUCCAGACUCGAGGGCUUUUUCAAGGCCAUUCCAAAGUCCGAUGAGGAAAAGGCCAGUCUCAAGCGCAAGCACGAUGACAAGAUCGCAGAGUCCAAAAAGAAAAAGAAAGAGGACGCGAAAACCAAGAAGGAGUCCAAGGGCAAAGCGCAUCUCAACAGCUGA